GUUUAGCGAAACAAACAGCAACCGAAAUCAGUAAACAAGUUCGCAAGAGAAGGGGUUGGGGGCCAUCUCUAUCUCCUGCUGCUGCGGUUGCUACUGAUGAUGAUGUUGUAAUCUUAAAAGUAGCCAAACACAGCUUAAGCCACAUCAGUUCGCUUCCAAAAUUUCAAGAGCUGACAAUGACAAACGGUCGAUCGCUGUUGCUGUUGCUGCUUCUGGUUUGCCUUAACUCUUCAGAGAGUCGCAAUUCGGAGAGUCUUCGUAUCCAGUUGAACCAUGGGGGAUGGCUAAUUGGUCGCCACUUAACCACUCACAACGGCCGACACAUGCGGGCGUUUAUGGGAAUUCCCUAUGCAUUGCCUCCUGUAGGUGAGUUGCGCUUUAAAUCUCCUGUGACACAUCCAGGCUGGCAGGGUGAGCGGUUGGUUAUAAAAGAUGCCCCCAUCUGCAUGCAACGGGAUCCCUUUCGCAGGGAUAUGCUGAUUGAGGGAUCGGAGGAUUGCCUUUACUUGAAUGUCUAUACACCGGAAAUCUUGACGUCGGAACCGAAGGCAACUCUACCAGUCAUGGUUUGGUUUCAUGGCGGCGGCUGGCAAUGUGGUGCCGGGAUCAGUACGUUCUAUGGUCCUGAUUUUCUACUGGAUCAUGACAUUAUUCUCGUGUCGGCAAAUUUCCGUCUAGGUCCACUAGGAUUUCUCAGCACUGAGACUCUUGAUUGUUCCGGAAAUUGGGGGCUUAAGGACCAGUUAGAGGUUUUACGCUGGGUGCGUACAAAUAUAGCCAGUUUUGGCGGAAAUUCCUCUAGCGUCACUGUAUUUGGGGAAAGUGCCGGUGGGGCUAGUGUUACAUAUCAUAUGCUAUCAGACAAGUCUAAAGGCUUACUGCAUCGGGGCAUAGCCCAAUCGGGUACGUAUUUCAAUCCAUGGGCCCAGCCAGCCCAUAAAGGAGUAGCUGCCAAAAGAGCAACAAAGCUCGCAGAACUGGUCGGAUGUUCUGGACUACAUAAACAGAAACAGGAUUGGUCAUCCAAGCUCAAGUGUCUACGUAGCAUACGCGCGGAGGAUAUUGUUGCUGCACUCUAUGAUAUGUUUAUUUGGGACUUUGAUCCUAUGAUCCCUUUUCCGCCAGUGAUAGAACCUCCACAUAAGGAGGCGUUUCUCACACUUAUGCCCAGAAACGUUCUCAAACCACAUGGACUUGAGCUGCCACUCCUGUUGGGAGCAACAUCUGAGGAGGGAUUGUUAAAAACAGCAGCUCUGCUUAAUUUACCCCAAUUAAUGCAAGAAUUUAAGACGCAAUUCGACAGAGUAAUACCCAUAGUUUUAAACUACGACCAUCAUGACAUUGCGAAGCAAAUGGAGAUAACGCGACAAAUAGAGCAUUUUUACUUCAAGACGGGACACAAUUACAACAAGUCCAACCACCAAAAUUUAACAGAUCUAAUUUCGGAUGGUUGGUUUGUGGCUGGCAUUGAUGAAUACUUACGCCUUCGGCUGGACCAGCAAAAAUCGGAUGGCGUGAUUGGUCCAACUUAUGUGUACCUUUUCGAUCAUAAGGGCUCAGCAAGUUUUUCAGAAAUCUUUAAGGGUGAUCGUAAUGAGUUCUAUGGAUCUUGUCACGCUGAAGAGCUACAAUACUUGUUCCCUAUCGGAAGAGAACUGUUUGUUAGUGCUAUACCCACAGUAAAGGAUCUCCAAUUACGAAAAAUAAUGCUACAGUCUUGGGUUAAUUUUGCUAGCACUGGAAAUCCUAAUCCGUCUAAUAGCUCAAUUCUCAAGAAUCUACCUACUUGGUUGCCUUCUACUCGAUAUCCAGUGGAAUUUGUGCGAUUGGGCUCCAAAAUGGAUGAUGAUGAUGAAGUCCAGCAGCUAUUUCGUUUAGAAGCAAAACUUAUGCAGCAUCGAGUUGACUUUUGGCGUGAAUUGAAGCCGCAUGUGCCCUCAAACACACAUUUUCACCAUGCUCACACUGACUUGUAAUUA